AUGGCGCCGCCGACGGGCAAGCGCGUCAAGGGCGUGCAGAUCUUCCGACCCUUCGUCUACGGCACCACCGCGCAGCCCUUUGACGAAAAGACCAACCCCAAGCCGCCAGGCAUCCCCGACGACCACACCCAUUCCUGGACUGUCUUCGUCAAAGGCAUCGAUGAUGUCGACAUCACCUACUGGCUACGCCGCGUGCAGUUCAAGCUUCACGAGUCUAUCCCCAACCACGUGCGGAUGAUCGAAGGCGAAAAAGGCAAGCCCUUCCAAAUCCACGAGACAGGCUGGGGUGAGUUCGAAAUCGCCAUCAAGCUAUACUAUGUCCCCGAAUCUGCCGAAAAACCCCAGACCCUCUAUCACCACCUACGCCUGCAUCCAUACGGCCGUACGGAAGCCGAGAAGGAAGCCAUGCGGUUAAACGGCAAUCAAGUCAUCUCGUGGGCGUACGAAGAGCAGAUCUUCAACGAGCCCUACGAACCAUUCUACGAGAUACUCACUUCAGGCGCGAUCCCGCCGUCUAUUCCCGCCAGCGCGCUGAAAGCAGCUAGUAGUCCUAGUGCCAGCAGCGGGUUCAGUUUCCAAGGGAAGUCGCAAAAGGAGAUUCGGGAUCGUGAGCGCGAACUCGGGUUUGCGCCGCGCACUGAGGGCGGGGUGUUGGAGCGUAGUGCAAUGAUUCCGUUAACAAAUCGGCCCGGGCAACCCUUUAGUCGGGAAACCGAGCAGCUGGAGAUUAAAAAGCUGAAGGAGGCUGCGGUCAAGGUGGAGGAGAUGAUGCGAAAGUUGAAGGAGGAAGUACAGAAGAAGGAGAAGUUGUUGAAGGAGCUUAAGGAGGAGAAUGCUAAGGGGUAA